GAAAAAGGAGGAAAAUCCGUUGACAAGUUCGAGGCGUAGAUCAGUUGACAGUUCAACAGCCUAUAAAAACCCGGUGCGCGCCAAACCCACCGAAUUCUUCCCAGUUCACACGGGUCCGCUGAUUUCUUUUGGUUUACGGCACUGGUCAAAAUGUGUGAUCUUUUUCAAUUGAAUUUCAAUUUCAGCAACUGAUACAUCGGAAUCCCAUGGCUUCAUCGUCGUUUCUCACCGGCGAGCGAGCUGUGGUAGCACUAUUCAUUGCCCGGAUUGUCUUCUCCCUCCCUCAAUCUCUCCUCUUCGAAUCUCUCUCCCUUUCUCUCCUAUCUCUCCUCGCCCUCUCCGUCGAGAUCUCCGUCGAUGCCUCUGCUUCAGUUCCCCUCUCUCACUUCUUCAAAACCAGGCCUGGUGCUUCAUCAGGGAUAUUUUUGGGGGCAGUAACGCUGCCUGGUGUUAUGGUAUCAAAGUUGAUUCAGAUGUCAAGAGCAGUAUCUUUAAAUCAAUCUGGAAGUGAAGAGCUUAAAAACCUGCAACUACUGUAUUGGGUGACAUCUGCAAGUUGCUACACGGUGCUAGCUUACCUCUGGUUCAUUUUUUACCAUCAAUCAGACAGCAAGAAUUGUGCUACUUCCCAAUGUAGUUUAAGUUGUAUAGCAUUGUAUUUUGGAGUCUGCUGUGUGUCUUUUGCUGUGGAAUCUCAUAGUGGGUGGUAUACAGCAGCUAACUUAUUGUGGCUAUUCUCUCAUGGAUAUGCUGCAGUAAAAUUAAUUCAGAAAAUUCUCCACACUUUUCCAGCAUGCGCUUCAAUUGGAGAAACGCUACUGGUUACUGUUGGUCUUGUUAUCUAUUUUGGGGACAUGCUAGCUUGUACUGCUGCUAAGUCCCAUGGGUACUUUGCUGUGUCUAAGGUAGUGACUGUACCAUAUGGAAUCCAAAGAAGUGAAGUUAGCGUUAUUAUUCAGGGAUUGAUUAUUGGCCUUCUUGUUUUCCCUAUGCUGUUCAAAUAUGUGCUUCAAAUUCUUGAGCGAGUCAGCUUGGCAUCUUUUAGAGAUACUGUAGAUAAUCAUAUGAGGCGAUCUUUUGUGUUCUACAUUUCCCUCGCGUGUGUUCUCAUUAUAGCUGUACCAUCAUGGAUGCAGCUUGUUCAAGAUUUUCACGUGCACCCUUUUCUAUGGGUAUUAGAUUUUGUUCUGUCAGAACCGCUUAAAAGGUUGUCGCUGUGUAUCUAUUGGUUGGUUGUUAUUUAUGUAUCAGUUAUCAGAUUUUACAACAUCUCUAAGAGCAGUAAGAUUGAGAGGAUUCUUCUUCGAAAAUACUACCAUUUAAUGGCUGUUUCAAUGUUUGUUCCUGCUCUCAUACUUCAGCCGAAGUUUCUUGAUCUGGCUUUUGGUGCAGCUUUGGCUGUUUUCUUGAUGUUGGAAAUCAUACGAAUAUGGAGAAUCUGGCCCUUGGGACAGCUUGUGCACCAAUUUAUGAAUGCUUUUACAGAUCACCGUGACACUGAUCUUCUUGUUGUCAGCCAUUUUUCACUCUUAUUAGGAUGUGCGCUUCCUAUUUGGUUGUCCUCUGGUUUCAAUGACCGACCAUUAGCCCCUUUUGCUGGGAUCUUGAGCCUUGGAAUUGGAGAUACAAUGGCAUCAGUGGUUGGAUACAAGUAUGGGGUCCUCCGCUGGAGCAAAACUGGCAAGAAAACAAUCGAAGGCACUGCUGCUGGCAUAACGUCUGUCCUGGCUGCAUGCUCCAUUCUACUUCCACUUCUAGCUACAACCAGAUAUGUUCAGAACUGGUUCUCCCUUCUUUUUGCGGUGACUAUAAGUGGUCUGUUGGAAGCCUACACUGCCCAACUGGAUAAUGCCUUCAUACCUCUGGUGUUCUAUAGCCUCCUCUGUCUGUGAACACUUAUCUGCUGACCACUUCUCCGAAAGACAACAUGCUGAUCCUUCAACAGUACUGGUUUGAGCGCACACAUUCUUUUUGUAGAUAUUACCGUUGUAGAGUUACAUGACAUGUACAAUUAGAUGGUAAACAGCCUCCACCUCUAACCCUUAAAGGUUGUGGGUUCGAGUCACCAAUGAAACAAAAAGGUGGGGGCUCCUAAGGAGGGGUAUAAAAAAGGCACAAUAGGUUGAUAGGUGAAAAAGCAAGAAGUUACUCUUUUUGUAAUCUAGAUGUAGCAUUUGUUUUCUAUAAAAGCACUAGUAAGACUAUUUUUGAUAUGUUUUUGCUGUAACUUUUGUCGUGCAUACUUUACAGUAAUCUAUCAGAGUUCACAUA